GCAGGAGGGCGGCCCGACGGCUGCAGCCAUGCUCGUCGCCAGCCUGGCAGCACUGGCCCUGGCACUGCGCCUAACCCGGGCAGUGCGCGGCGCGCCUUGCGAGCCUGUGCGUAUCCCCAUGUGCCGCUCCAUGCCCUGGAACCUGACCCGCAUGCCCAACCACCUGCACCACAGCACGCAGGAGAACGCCGUGCUAGCCAUUGAGCAGUACGAGGAGCUGGUGGACGCCAACUGCAGCUCGGUGCUGCGCUUCUUCCUGUGCGCCAUGUAUGCGCCCAUCUGCGCGCUGGAGUUCCUGCACGACCCCAUUCGGCCCUGCAAGGCGCUGUGCCAGCGCGCCCGGGACGACUGCGAGCCCCUCAUGCGCCUCUACAACCACAGCUGGCCCGAGAGUCUGGCCUGCGACGACCUGCCGGUCUACGACCGCGGCGUGUGCAUCUCCCCUGAGGCCAUCGUCACAGACCUGCCUGAAGAUGCGAAGUGGAUAGACAUGACCCCAGACAUGAUGGUACAGGAGAGACCUCUUGACACUGACUGCAAGCGCCUAAGCCCUGACCGGUGUAAAUGCAAAAAGGUGAAGCCCACCCUCACAACCUAUAUGAGCAAGAACUACAGCUAUGUGAUUCACGCCAAAAUAAAAGCCGUGCAAAGAACUGGCUGCCACGAAGUCACCACAGUGGUGGACGUGAAAGAGAUUUUCAAGUCCUUGUCACCCAUUCCCCGGACUCAGGUGCCUCUUGUGACUAACUCUUCCUGCCAGUGCCCAAACAUCCUGCCCCACCAAGACGUGCUCAUCAUGUGUUAUGAAUGGAGGUCAAGAAUGAUGCUUCUUGAGAAUUGCCUGGUAGAAAAAUGGAAAGACCAGCUGGGGAAAAGGUUUAUACAGUGGGAAGAGAGGCUACAAGAGCAGCAGCGAACGACUCAGAAGCGAACUGCUGGGCGCACCAGCCGCAGUGGCCCUCCCAAGCCCAAGGGAAAGCCCCUGGGGCCCCGUCCUGUGGGCCCUCAGAAGAGCAUCAAAGCCAGGAGCGCCCCCAAGCGACCAAAACCGCAGAGGGCGUGAGCUGACAGUUUCCCCAAUCAAAGACUUUCAGCCACGAUGGGGACCCAAGCCUCCUUUGGGCGUAUGCCCAAGAACUUACGCCCACCAUCCUUCCCACGGGGUGCGGCCUCAGUCCUCUGCAGAUUGUGUUUCCUAGCACUUUACUAUCCAAGGUUUGCUUUCUCAUGCUUAGCCACUGCAAGCCAUAGCUCCAGGUUGGCACCUGCAUUGAUGUUUGAGGAGGCUUUGAGCAGAAGGGCAAAGCUUCUCAUCGCCAAAGCAGCCCCAUAAUAUUCUAUCAGUUAGUGGGUGAUGGCUGAGAGGAUAGCGGAAGGGCGCUCCUGCCGCUGGUGAGGAUGGAGAGCGUACAGUGGAAGGACACUCCAGUCCCUGGUGUGGAUGGUAAAAAUGCCUCAUAUGCCAAACUCUUUGUCUGUAAAAUGUAGCUCACUUCAGCUGGCUUCUACAGUUAGGAUAUCAACUGUAGUCUAGAAGAUGAAUGUUUGUUUGCAAAAGAAGCAAGAAAUAGGAAGGAAAGAUGCAGUAUUUCAAAGAGCUCUGUGGGGUGUGGUGGGUUAUUACUGUUUUCCAUGUGUAAUGAAAUUAUUCCAUAAUUCUAAGAGUCACAGAAUUUCAGAGCGGUAAAGAACAUCAGCCACCAUCUCAUGCAAACAAUAUGUGAAAAUCCCACCAUAACAUUCCCAAAAGGGAAUGAGGAUUCCCCACCUCCUAAGGCAGCCCAGCCUACACUGGGAGAACUCCAAGUGUUAGAAACAUUUUAAGUAUUCAAAGUAAGAUAUGGUCGUCUGUUAGGGCUAACUGACUUGGCUUUCAAAUCUCAUUUUGGCCAAAAAACUCCGAGAAGAGGCUCGUGAUUCAUUUUGAGGUGUCAGCAGGGAUGUCCUGGAUUGGAAUUCCACCUGAAGUAUUUGCUGCCUCUGAGACCCAGGGCAGUGGAUCUGUGCAGGGGUAGGGGAGACCCAAGGAAGUAAAUUCAAUUAAACAAAUGUUUAUUAAGCACCAAAUGUGUGGGGGUCAAUAAACCCCCAUGGCAUAGUGACUGGAGAGUCUGUCUCAGAGUCCAGAAGACCUAAGUUCAAGUAUCACUUCUGACACACAUUGGCUGUGUGAUCCCAGAUGAGUUAUUCAACCUUUAAUGGUCUAGAUAACUCUUACAGAAGAUUCUGAUCUACAUCUUACCUGGAUGAAAUUAAAGAUCCAGUCCCGAAAAAAAAAAGUGUGCCCAGAGUAGUAGUAGGCACUGGAGAUACCAAGAAGGAAAUUAAAUCAGUCCUGCCUUCAGUAAGCUUGCAUUCUCCUGUAAACAACAAGCAUUUCUUGAAUACCUACAGUGGCUAAGGUUUCUUUUCCUCUAACACUCUUCCCUGAGCGAUAAGGACUGUGUGAGCUCCCAUGAGGUUGGGUCCAGCUCCCUCCCCAGCCACUCUGAGGGCCUCAGUAGACUAAGCCUGGCUAAAAGGCACCUGAAAAGAGACCUUUCUUGUGUACUGGGUUUUUGUCACUGGAAGACUCUGAGGCAGGACCUUUGCAACGUGAAAAGCUCACAGUGGCACCAGACCCUGCAUCGGCUGCCCUAUCCAUAAACUGGCAGGAAGUGUGUCUGUUCUUCAUCCCCACCUCUCCCAGUGGAGAGGAAAGAGCACAUACAAGGACUCAGAGGAUACAGGACACCAACUCACAGGCUUAAAAAAGUGUCUAAAGUGGGAUCUGAACCCAGAUCAGCACAAUGUGGUGGACAUAGGAUUUCAGUGAAAGUGCCGGAAAAGAGAUCGAGCCUCUUUGUGAUCCUGAUAUACCUAAAAGAGGUUCUGGAGGGCAGGGGAAGUGGUGAGCUGGCCCUGUGAUGGAAAGUCCAGUAUUGGGCAGUGUGGCCGCUAAGCUGAGUUAGGCAGGGGAUGUCUUUUUUGAACUGGAAGAAAGUUCGGGAGGGGGGCAUUUCCCCCAUCCCAUAGAAGCCCCACUCCAAGGGACCCAACAGGCAGGCAGCCAGUCAUCCAGCCUCUGCCUGUUAUUUCAUCGGCAUAGCUAGCCCCCAAGAAGAGAUGGUAGCCUUCCGCCAGAGCAGCCUGUCUGCCCCGGGGCCCUGGAGAACCUCAGGUGCCUGAGAAGUUAAGGGACUUGUGGUGUGUCCCAGAUGUCACAGGUUGGCUCAUUGGCGCUCCUCAAUUGGCUGUCUUAGAGUUUGGGUGCCUGAGCUAGAAUCCCCCGACCAAAGUAUAUUAGAGUUUGAGCCCUGAUUUUCCUGCUCCAAGGCCAGCUUUCUCUCUCCAGCAUCAGGCUGCCUCCCUGGGCCACAUACUAGGAAGUAUAUAUUAUUGCUUAAAUAGUUUAUUCCUUUCUAUUCUUUGAACAGUGAAUUACUGCGAAGGGGAUUUCGUAUUUUUAAAGGGACUAAUAAAGGGAGAAAGAUGGCACCAGA